AUGGCUACCCCUAGUGUCCUAGCUUUUGACGCUGAGGGUCGCGCCAUUGAUUUUGAGGUCUGGUUAGACGACCUGCAGCUGUUCUUACAGUGCGACAGGGCUGACGACCUUUCUCUCUUUGAUCUCACCUCUGGCGCCUCUCCUGCUCCUGCUGCUGAUGCUGAUCCCGCUGUCCGCUCUAAGUGGGCCACCCGCGAUGCUGCUGCACGUCUUGCUGUGCGUCGCCACCUCCCUACCUCUGAGCGUGCGCACUUUAGUCAGUACAAGAGUGCUCAGACCUUGUACGACGCUGUAGUUGCGCGCUACUCCUCCCCUGCCACUGCUGCACUGAGCCUGACACUCGCUACCGCGCCGCCCUUCCUGCCGAGUUCUGCGCUAAGAACCCCCCCCCCCAUGUACAUCGCUCUCUACUACGUAGUCGCGCGCCUCCCUGACUCCCUUCGCGUCGUCAGGGACCACUUUCUCGCAGUCUGUCCCACCACCCUCACCGUCGACCUCCUCGAGAAGGCCCUCCUUGCAGCGGAGAAGAGCAUAGUCGCUGUAGGUGCUUCUCGUGGUGACCCUCGCACCCCCAUCUUUGAGGGGUGCUCUCCUUCCCCCUUGCUGCCCUCUGUUGCCUCUGCUGCUGCUGCCGACCUGCUUGGUCUUGAGUCGGUCGGCGCGGCGUCUGCCCCUAGUGGGAGACGUCGCUCCAGCAAGGGCAAGGGGGGCAAGGGCGCGGGUGGAGCUGGAGGGGGCGGUGGCGGUGGCGGCGGUGGCGGCGGAGGGAGUGGGGGUGGCGGCGGGACUAGUGGCGGGGGUGGUGGUGGUGGUGGUGGCAGCAGCGGCGGAGACGGUGGUGGUGGUGCCAGCGGUGGUGGUGGAGGCAGCGGCGGAGGUGGAGGCGGCGGAGGUGGAGGCGGUGGAGGCGGCAGCGGAGGAGGCAGUGGUGGUGGAGGAGGUGGAGCUGGUCGGGGUGGUACCCAGCAGCGUAGCGGCGGUGGUGGUGGCCAGCGCUCGCACCGGCAGCAGCAGCAGCGCUCGCGGGACAUCCCCUCGCCUCAGCAGCUUCGUGAGUGGUACGCUGGGCGUCAGAGGGGUGGGGGUACUGGUCCCUGCACCUACGUUCUUCGUUCCGGCGACCACGCGGGUGAGCAGUGUGGGGGUGCCCACGCCACCCAGCGCUGCUUUGGCCGCCUGACGGACGCCUGGCGUCAGCAGUUCCCUGGGGCUAGUGAGAUCCCUCGCUGGGAUGAGCUUCUCAGGGCUGGUGUAGCGAUCUUUGAUCUUGAUUUUGAUGCUAUCCUUACUGCUAUGUAUGUUGUGGAUUAUAGUGAGGAGAAUGAGGGUUACCGUUGUUUCCAGCCCGACCCGGGCAUUGGUACUGCUGCGCUAGGUGCUUGUGAGGCUACUGCUCUAGGUGCCAGUGCGUCUGCGCUCUCAGGUACUGGUGAGACUGCGCUCUCAGGUACUGCGUCGUCCUCGUCCUCCCUCACUUUCACACUUGACUCCGGAGCUUCUCACUCCUUCUUUCGAGACCGCACUACCCUUACGCCGCUCGGCCGGCCGGUUGCAGUCUCCCUUGCUGACCCCUCUGGAGGUCCUAUCCUGUCUCACUUCUCCACUGUCCUCCCGUGUCCGGCUGCCCCUUCGGGCACCCUGUCGGGUCUGUACCUUCCCUCGUUCUCCACGAACUUGGUGAGUGGAGCGGACCUGCAGGAUGGGGGUGUUCACCAGUUCACUCCAACGAGUCAGCGGGUGACCCACUGCACGGAGGCACGCACAGGCCGACACCUGGCCACGUUCUCGCGUCGGCCGGGGUCGAGUCUCUACACCCUGACCGUUGAGUCUCCUCCUGUCCCUGCGUCUGGUCAGGUGGCUGCGUCGGGUCAGGUACUUGCUGCUGCGUCCCGGUCAGGUCCUGAGUCUGCCCCCUGUUCUUGUCGCCUCCUGUCUCACAAGACUCUCCUGUGGCACCACCGUCUUGGCCACCCCUCCUUGCCCCGUCUUCGGAGCAUGGCUUCCCGUGUCCUUGUCUCUGGUCUUCCCCAGUCUCUCCCUCCUCUCCCCUCCGGGCCAGGACCUUCCUGUGUCCCCUGUGUCGAGGGUCGCCUCCGGGCUACUCCUCACGCCUCCCACUUCCCCCCGACAGAGGCUCCCCUGCAGACGCUUCACAUGGAUGUGUGGGGCCCAGCCCCCGUCCGUGGGCAGGGUUACGAGCGCUACUUCCUGUUGGUGGUUGACGACUACUCGCGUUACACCACAGUCCUCCCCUUGCGCAGCAAGGGUGAGGUCACUGAGGUGCUGAUCGACUGGAUCCGCGAGGCUCGUCUCCAGCUCAGGAAGAGCUUCGGCUCGGACUUUCCUGUUCUGCGUCUGCACUCUGACAGAGGCGGAGAGUUCUCUUCUCGCCUUCUGCGAGACUACUGUCGUGCACGGGGGAUCCGCCAGACCUUCACGCUUCCGGACUCACCAUAG